GACGAAAAUCCAACAGCGUACAAAUUAGCAUGUGAUGUUUGCAGAGCAACAACGGAAAAGCUUCAGCGAUAUGUUUGUCAGUAUUUCACUGAUGUUAUUGUUGCUGCCGGCAAAACUGGAACACCCACAGAAGAGUUAAAUGAUUUUAAAACAGCACAUGAUCUAAUAAAGGAGCUAAAUCGGUCAGCACCUGGGUUGUUACUCAAUGUCAUACCACAAUUAGAAGAGGAGCUAAAACUGGAUGAUUUGAACCUACGUAUGCUCGCUACACAAGUUCUCGGCGAGAUGUUUUCCGAGAAGGAUUCUACCUUAGCUAGCCGUUAUGAUAAUGUAUGGAAGAUGUGGCUUCUCAGGCGGAACGAUAAAGUAGCCGAAGUACGAUGUGCUUGGACGGAAUAUUGCCUACCUCUUUACAUUAAUCAUCACGAAUUAGCUAAGCAAGUCAACGAGGCUAUUAUUACCAAGAUGUCAGAUCCUGAUGAGAAAGUUCGUGUCACUGUAUGCAAAGUUUUCACCAAAUUAGACUAUGAGUGUGCGUCAAAACUUAUAGAGAAGGAACUUUUUAUUGAACUAGCUAAACGUUGUCGGGAUCGCAAACAUGGUGUUAGAAAACAGGCCAUAAAUGCUUUGGCACGCUUGUACAAUUUGGCAUACCUAGAAAUAGUCGAUCACGAUGCAAAUGCAGUCGAAAAAUUUGG